AUGUCUGGAUCAGAGAGGACGUUUGAAGACUAUUUCGACUUGGGAGUUUUCAGCCGAUUUAUUUGGUCCUAUUCAUUCAACCACGACGAAACCUUCAAAUGUUUUGAAAAGGCAAUCGAGUUAGACCCAAGCUGCGCUCUGGCAUAUUGGGACUUAGCCUAUGCAGCCGGGCUUAGUUGGGAGGAACUCGAGAGUCUUCCAUUGCCCUCAGACCAAGUUUUGUAUUAUGUGACGACCACGAUGACCCACUACGGCAAGGUAUUAGCUAGAGCUGGGACUGGGAAUGUGAGAAACGCAGAUCAGGAGCGGGUACUGUACCACAAAGCUGCCAAGACCGUACCUUCAACCCGCAAAGACUUUCCGAAUCUUAUAUCAGAUAUUCUCAAAGUUGCUAGUACUAUGCUCGAUGGGGAGAUCGAAUAUCAUCGUGGUGAUUAUGACCGUGCAUUUGAAAGCCUCCUCAAGGCUAUUCACUACGAUGACUCUCUUCAUCACACUGAGCUCUGGGGCUGGAUAUUUCCAACACGACACUUCUAUGGUGAUUUGAUGGCCAUGUUGAGGAGGCCCUCAACCUAUGCCGAGAACGUUGGAUUUGAUAGUACGUUGACUCGGGCACAUCGGAAUAUUAACAUUGUCUGGGUCUUGCAUGGAUACCACGAGUGUUUGCUACAUCGUGAGAGAGACGAGGAAGCUCGCAUAAUAAAGCCACAACUUGAACUUGCAAAAUCGCUUCACCCACUGUUCUUGCUCUUGUAA